ACAAUACUACAAAUAUAAAACAACACUUAGUAUAGACUAUAUAAAUAAAUAACAUGGAAUCACUUAACACAGAAUUUAAAAAAACUUUAUUUUCAGUUUUCUUUGCGACUAUAGUGAUGUCAUCAGUUUGCGACGACACCAGAGACGCUUAUAUGAUUUAUUUACAGAGAGACAAACGAUGACAACAACUUCAAAACAGGCUUUAAAAACCCACUUUGGGUUCGACAACUUUCGGUCUAAGCUACAGGAAGAUGUUGUAAAAGCCGUCCUUAAAGGUGACAGGGAUGUGUUUGUGUGCAUGCCCACUGGAGCAGGAAAGUCCCUCUGCUACCAGCUGCCUGCUGUCUUGGCCGAGGGCAUUACUCUGGUCAUAUCCCCGCUAAUCGCUCUCAUUCAGGACCAAGUGGACCGCUUGAAAAGUCUGAACAUCCCUGCCUGCUCCAUCAACUCCAAGCUCCCAGUAGGCGAGCGCCGUCUGAUCCUGGCUGACCUAGGGAGCAGCAGCCCCAAGCUGAAGAUGCUCUACAUCACUCCAGAGAUGGUGGCCUCGCCCACAUUCCAGCCCUGCCUGACGGGCCUGUGCUCCCGCGGCCUACUAUCUUACCUGGCUGUGGACGAGGCUCACUGUGUCUCACAGUGGGGACACGACUUCAGGCCAGACUACCUCAAACUGGGAGAGCUGCGUGGUCGCUUGCCAGGGGUUCCCUGUUUGGCCCUGACAGCGACAGCACCCAAGAAUGUACAAGAGGACAUUGUUCAAUCCCUGAGACUGCGCUCGCCACUGUCUUUUGUUUCACCUGUGUUCCGCAGUAACUUAUACUAUGAUGUGAUCUUCAGGGAGCUGCUGCCAAACCCUUACGUCCACCUCUAUGCCUUCAUUCAGCAGGCACUGGCACUGGACAAAGGCUCUAAUGGACAGGGUUGUGGGAUUGUGUACUGUCGGACCAGGGAAGGCUGUGAAACAGUGGCUCACCAGCUGACCAAGCUUGGAGUCUUGGCCAAACCGUAUCAUGCAGGUCUGAAGGCAGGGGAUCGCACAGAGGCCCAGAAUGAGUGGAUGCAGGGAAAAGUUCUGGUUAUUGUAGCCACUAUCAGCUUUGGUAUGGGAGUAGACAAGGCCAAUGUCAGGUUUGUAGCUCACUGGAACCUCGCAAAGUCCCUGGCCAGUUACUACCAAGAGUCUGGGCGAGCUGGGAGAGAUGGACUGCCCUCCUCGUGUCGCACAUACUACUCCCCGAAAGAUAAGGAGCAAAUUAACUUCCUCAUCCGCCAGGAGGUGUCCCGCAAGCAGGCAAAACGGGGCUCUGAAAAGCAGACGGACAAAACAGCCAUUACAGACUUUGAUGCCAUGGUGUCAUACUGUGCUCAAGAAUGUUGCCGCCAUGCCACCAUCUCCAAGUUCUUUGGGGACAAGAUGCCAAACUGUGCCGGUGCCUGCGACUACUGUCGUAACCCCAAAGUUGUGCGCGCCCAGCUGGAGAGGGCGGCCACCCUCAGCACCAAGACCGAAGCUCAGAGCAAAGGGCCCACAGGACCGUUUGGUUUCCAGCCGGGCCUUUAUGAAGGAGGAAAGAAGGGCUAUGGAUUUGAAAGGUAUGACGAAGGGGAUGCCAGCAGUGAAGACGAUGGCUCAAACAGGAAAAAGGAGUUUUCAGACCUCUUCAAGAGGCAGAUGAACAUGCGGAAGGUCGCUGAUGGUCAGAAGGAAGCCUUUGUUCCCCCGGAUGCUGACUGCCCACUGAGAGAGGCCAGCAGUCAGAGGAUCCCCAGACUCACCGUAAAGGCCAGAGAGCACUGCUUGUGCCUCUUGCAGGAAGCAUUGUAUGGCCACCAGGGGGCAGAAGACUCAUUCCAUCGCUUUACAUUGUCUUCUCUUUCUCUCAGCAGUGACAUCCUGUCUGCAGCGGUGGAUAUUGAACAUGAGGUCUUCAAGAGCAGCAAGUCCUCCAACUUAUACAAAGCUGCUGUCCUAAAGAAGGUAACAGAGAUGAAGAAAACUGCACCUGGAGAAAAAGGACAAGGUGUCAAGACAGUCUGCAGCAGUGAGUCAAAACUCAAAGAGGAACCUUCCUCCUCGUCUUCUGCCUCUUUUUCUGAGGAGCUGCAGGGCUUCACAUCUGCAUCUGAGAUCUACUCUAUGAAGCGUAAGAGAGUAGGAGCAGGUCUGAGGGGAUCAUCCAACCCCUUCCAGACUGCUAAGGAUCUGCUGAAGGCCUCCAUGUCGGACACUGUGUCUAAUAAGAGGACAGAGAGUGGCGGAUUUUACAGUGACAGCUCAGGAGGCUCUGGAGAUACGGGCGCCGAUGCACCUUCGGCUGUAACGUCGUCCAUCAGAGCCAGAGCGAACGCCGCCGCCACCUUUGUGAACAGCCCGACAAAGGCGGGCAGAGCCAUGAGCAAGAAGCAGCAGAAGCUAGCGGAAGCGGCAAAGAGCUCUCGCAACAUUUCCCAUUAUUUUACGAAGAAAGAAACAACUGAGGACAGCCAGGAGGAGGCGGAGACGCUGAGGGGACUUGAUGCUAUGUUAUCUCACACCACAGCGGUGGUCGCUCAAGAAAGCGUUAGCCAGCAGGAACACUCACCAGAGAUCAGUCCUGUAGAGACUCAGGAUGGGAUCCAAGAAGAAAGUAAAAACAAAGUUAUAGUUAUUACUGAUGAUGAAGAGGAGGAAAAACAUAACACAGAGACGUUGGAGUUGGAGCAGCUUCAAGACACAUCUAUAGAGUAUAUGAAGUCCACUACAGAACCAAACAAACCUGAGGAUGAAGCUAAACCACAUCUAACAUACGGGUUGACAGAUGAUAUAAAAGCGAAUAAGAGCGAGUCGUCUCCUCCAGCGAAGCGCAGCCGCCCCUUAGACAGAAGAGUAACGUUCAACCCCAAUGUGCAGGAGAGGGCCCUGCUCCCCUCCAAUGAGCCACCCAAGCCUGUGACGCUGAAGGAGGCCGCCGAUAUCGUGGUCCGCUAUCUCGACCCCUUUUACACUCAGGGGAAGUUUGCCACCAAGGAGCUGUUUAAGUCCUUUGCCCGCUACUUAUCUCACCUUCUCACAGAGGGCAGGAGUCGGGGGAAAGGCCAAGUUAAAGCAGAAGCCAAAGCUAUCAUCAAGAAGUUCUUCAGCAGAGUCAAUCGUUGUGAGAGCGAGGCAGACUGGAAGCACAUUAAAAGACAGCAGAUCUGUAAAACCACAGAGAACAAGGAAUGAUGAGGCGUGGAAAUGUAGCCAUUUUAGGGUUAAACCCUUUCCUCUUCACAGUGCCUAAGUUUGUCCCGUUCCAGUGAACUUAGGCUUUACCACAGACGCCUGCUGACCAGCUUCAGGGUUGAUUUGCUGCUUUUUUCUAGAAUCAAUGCUGCUGCAAUAGCUUAUGUCAGUAACUGAGCAAUAAUUUGGGCUGUGACAACCUGAGAGAACAGAGGUCAUACCAAUAUGACUGUGAAUGACUGUUUAAAUGUGUGAGUGAUGUAUGUGCAAUUGGUCUUUAUUCAUUUACUACAGUAUGGACCUUUUGUGGGACUGCACUCUUCUUUUUUCAAGUCAAUUAAAUCACACUUAAAUCUCCAGGAAGAUAUGUUUCAAGUCUCUGCAAGUGGAUUUUCAUACUGACCUGAAAUGAACGGACACCAAAGGCUUCUUGGAAUAAACAAGACCAAGGUGUCCACAGCCACGCUAGCAGCUCUGUGACGCCGUACACGGCAGUGCUUUGAGCUAAUUAGCACUGAACACAAAGUACAGCUGAGGCUGAUGAGAGUGUCAUUAGUUUUGCAGGUAUUUGGUUAGAAACCAAUAAAGAUUUUAACAUAUUGGUGCUAGAUGAAAAGUUAGCUCAGUCAGAUCACUAAAGUCCUUAGUGUUCAUCCUCUGGACUAUGUAAGUAUGAACCAAAUUACACUGAGAUAUAUCAUAUAAUUGUUGAGAUAUUUUAGUCUAGACCAUUGUGAUGGACUGAGCAACAGACCAGCUGAUAUUUCCCCCCAUAGAGCCACUAGCAUGCCUAGAAACACAUUAUGGAAAUGGUUGGCAGCAAUGUAAAAAAUGCAUAAUUUAAGUUAAUUGGGG